CAGGUGUACUCCGCUCUAUGGGCUAACGAGCAGUUCCUUGCUGAGGUCCAGACUUUGGCUGACAAUGGCAUCGACAUAACAGUGUUCUUGGAGCAACUGUCCGCCAUCUUUGGACAGAACUGAAGUUUAUUUAAUAUGGUGAUAGGUAAAAUAUUUACACCUACUUGACAAACUGAAAUACUAAGUGAGAGACUUUUCUGCAAUUUAUUAAAAUUGUAAACAUAAUAUUGGAUUUCAUUUAAUUUUGCCUUACACUGACAUAAUAAUAAAACAUAAUAAUUUAAAUACAUUACGUAAUUUUCAGAAUUUAAUAUCGAGUUCAUUAUUUAGCCAAUACUGAUCUUUUUCCACGAUUCUGAAGAAAUUCUACUUGAUUGAAUAUUACGAGAACUUUUAAACCUUUUUAAAUACAUUUACUUGUUUGUAAGUAAUUUUGAAAGUCUGAUAAGAUUAUCUAAUAAGUAACAAUGGUUAGUAUAGCAAUUGAUGACACCUACAAUCUAAGAAACAUCUCAAAUGGUUACGUAAUCAAUGCGUUGAUAAGCCCUAUCCAAAAUAAGUACAUUGAAAAUUAUUUCAUCUGAUAUCGGCUGUUACAUUUCAUCCACAAAGCAAAUAUGCCAACCGAACGUUGCAUUUAUUUAGCUGAUGGAUACCACAAUCACAUUGUUUGUUUAAAAAGAUCACCAUUUGUUUGUUUGUUUAGAAUGCCACACAGCUAUUGUCAAUAAUAAUUUCUUAUUCCAACUCUGUAUCCCGUUGUAAGCGUACGUUUUGUUUUAUAAAUAUUUAUCAGUGCAGUCCGACACAUUUUUAUUAUUUGCGCCGUUAUUUCGUGGAAAAUGAGAAAUGCGUUUGUUGUUUUAGUUUCCUUGUGUAUUGGACUUGCUUCCGGAUUUAUUGUUCCCUCGGGAGUUCUGGAGCUCAUAGAUGAUAACCACGCGAUUUUAGCUGAUAACAAUGGGAAAGAAUCUGAAGAAGCAAAAAGAGCCACACUUCAAGAAGAUACAGGCUUUAUUGUCUUACCUUUUCGGACGCACAAUGAAAAGAAAAUCGACCUUGAAACAAAUCGCAAUCGUAUAAAAGACAACGAGUUGUACGAUCAAGAUACCACGAAACACAAUAACGUAAAUGAGCGAUCGUUUAUUUACAUCAACCAGAAAUUCAAAACUCCAGUUGUGAACCAACUUUAUACUUCGCAAGAUCUGAUAAGGGAAACUUACAAGUCUUUGAUACCUAACGGUGAUGAUUAUGUUCAGUAUCCAGUUAAACACACUUCUGCAUUUAAUAUUCCGAAGCCAAAAAAUGAAUACUUUGAAGCAAAUAUUGGUCGAGUAGAAACCAAUAAUUUGUAUUUCCCGCCAGCAAGUGAUUAUCAGGAAACAAACAAGGAGCUAACCAAUGAAAAUAAACAUGAUUUUGGGAUGCCAAAAAGUAGGCCACUUAACAAAGUUACAGAUGAGCAACGGGAAUACGUAGAACUUCUGAAACCGCCUCUUUUGAGGCCCGUCCAUACAUCUGAAAAAGAAAACCAACAAUGGCCGAUAUCUGUUCCAUCUCAACAAAAUUACCCAUCUCUGAACAGAAACUUGCAGGAUCCCAAUCAGCCUUUAGACAUAUCUCGCCAGUUUGCUAUGGCAUAUUACGACAACUACGGUUUUCCAACACCUUAUGGUUAUCAAAGAAGUAUACCUCAAUUCAGUAAACCUGAUGAGCUAGGAAAGGGCACUGAUAGUAUUCUUAAAAAGCUUAUUAACGAAAAUAAUAAUAUUGAAAUAAACAAACUUCUGGAUAGGUAUUUGAAAGAGUCGCUGGAAGUUCAAGUUACGAAUGACCGGAUGAAUGUAAAGAACAACAAUUGUAAUUAUAGCAAUUGUGUAUUAAAAUCAACGAAGCAGUAUUUGAACGGCCGAAUCAACAAGGGUGAUGCUGAGUGUAAAUGUGGGAGGCGAUUAAACGUGUUAAAGCAACGCGAGUCUAAUGGAUUUGCUGAUAAAGAAAUUAAUACUGAUAAAGAAUCUACCAUUAAACCUGAAGUUAACGUAAUGAUGAACACUCUUAGGCCUUCGGAUAUCGGCGACUACGGUGAUAUGCUAGCUGAGGAGAUGAAUCUAAAGAAACUUAUAGAAGAUUAGCUCAGAGAAUGUACACUUAACUGUUUGUUUAAUAAACUUCUUGGUUUA